AUGACCCGAGACCAGGCCAGACACAGUCAUACGGCCAAUCUCAUCGACAAGGUGGACGACCUAGUGAGAAGUGAUCGGCGUGUCACAUUGCGAAUGUUGACAGUGAAGGUGGAUGUCAGUGUUGGAACAGUGUGGACAAUUGUUCACGACAGGUUGCGUUAUCGGAAGGUGUGCGCGCAGUGGGUUCCGAAGCAGCUCACCGACCAGCAUAAGGAACUGCAUAUGGGGCAAGCAUUUCAACAUCUGUUUCGGUAUCAUGAAGACCUCGCUUUCCUGGAGUGGAUCGUCACAGGUGAUGAGAGCUGGUGCCAUCACUACGAGCCAGAGACAAAGUGGGACAGCAUGCAGUGGAAGCAUCCGUCGUCACCUCCCCCUAAAAAGUGCAAAGCCGUGGCGUCAGCAGGCAAGGUGUUGCUCAACGUCUUUUUCGAUGUCCAAGGUCCGCUACUUGUUGAAUUCCUCUAG